AUGGUUUAUUCUUUAGGAAGAAAACAUCUUCAAAAUAAAUAAGAAUGUUUAAAGUGUUAAGAAUUCAUACGAUUUAAUUUUAGAUGGGAUUAGACGUUUAUUGAUCAGCUGUUAAACCAACAUCAGAUCAGAUUCCUUUAAAUGUUUGUAUAUUUUAUCGAUUACAACAUCCCUAUCUAAAGUAAUAUCUAGCUUCCAUUUAAUGAAUACAGAUUCAUGAAAUGUGAAACUUAAAAUUAUUUUCUGAAGUGUUGUGAUGAAUUAAAAUUAUAAAUGGAAAUUGAAAGGAAUGAUUUAAUUUAAAAUUAAAUCUAACUAUUUCUUUUUUUAACCAAAAUCUCUUUUGAGAUUGCUCCAACUAAUGGCAAAGAAAAGGAAGAAAUAUUAAUGGGGUCCUUAAAAGGUAUAAUAAGUUCUCUUAUCAAUAUGAGCCCAGAUACUGAACUAAUCGAAUCAUUAUUUAUGGGAGCCUGUCUACUUUACAAAAUUUAAGAUAUUUCUAAAAAGAGAUAAUAAUAUGAAGUUUUUUAUUAAGUAGAUAUGUUGUUAUGGGAAGUAAUAAAUUAUUUUCAAACCAAAAAAUACAGAAAUCUAUAAGAAAUAAUUUUACACAUUGAGGCAAUAUAUGAAACAAUAAUUAAACGUUGAAAAAAUUGGAGGGAACAUUAAAUUUGGAUCUAAAUGA